GGUGGUUUGCUUAGGCAGGAAGGACUAUAACUCCCAGAGUGCACCUGUGCGGUUGCCAGGAGCAACCAAGGAAUGCAGACUAACAGCCCGGCUAGAGUCAGGGCUAUUGAGGACUGCGGACCAGCCAGCCAUGGGCCAGGAUUAUUACGCUAUACUCCAUGUCACUCGCAAUGCAGAGGAUGCCCAGAUCAAGAAGGCGUACCGGAAACUUGCCCUUAAGAACCACCCACUGAAGUCCAUGGAGCCAGCCUCAGUGGAGAUAUUCAAGCAAAUAGCGGAGGCCUACGACGUGCUGAGCGACCCUGUGAAGAGGAGCGUCUAUGACAAGUUUGGAGAAGAGGGUCUGAAGGGCGGGAUUCCUCUGGAGUUUGGGUCCGAGACCCCUUGGGCAACGGGUUAUGUCUUCCAUGGCAACGCUGAAAAGGUUUUCCAUGAGUUCUUCGGAGGAAACAACCCCUUUAGUGAGUUUUUUGAUGCAGAAGGACAAGAGGUGGAUUUGAACUUUGGGGGGCUCCGGGGUCGAGGGGUCAAGAAACAGGACCUCCCAAUAGAAAGAGACCUCUACCUAUCCCUGGAGGACUUAUUUUUUGGCUGCACCAAGAAAAUCAAGAUCUCCCGCAGGGUGCUGAACGAGGAUGGGUAUUCCUCUACCAUCAAGGACAAGAUCCUCACAAUUGAUGUGAAGCCUGGUUGGAGGCAAGGCACACGGAUCACCUUUGAGAAGGAAGGUGACCAGGGCCCCAACAUCAUCCCAGCAGACAUCAUCUUCAUCGUAAAGGAGAAGCUACACCCUCGCUUCCGCAGGGAGAAUGACAACCUCAUUUUUGUGAACUCCAUCCCCUUGGGCAAGGCUCUGACCUGCUGCACCGUGGAGGUGAAGACCCUAGAUGACCGGCUGCUCAACAUCCCCAUCAAUGACAUCAUCCAGGAGCGAACUAUCUGGAACAAGCCAGCCUCCUCUCCUCCCACCCAGUUCUGGCUGAAGAAAGCUACUGCCCAAGGUGGAAGCUGUAGCGACUGCCCCAUGCCUGAGGUGAUGUGCGCAGGGGGGGCGGCGGGGGGGCAUGGGCUCUGUCCAGAUGCUGCUCUGGGGUGCCCUCUCAACUCUCCUCUUUCAUCUUCUCUCAGUCCUAAGUACUGCAAGAAGGUGCCAGGUGAGGGGAUGCCAUUGCCUGAGGACCCCACCAAGAAGGGGGAUCUCUUCAUCUUCUUUGAAAUCCAGUUCCCCACCCGCCUCACACCCCAGAAGAAGCAGAUGCUGCGCCAGGCAUUGCUGACGUAACUGGUGGGCUGGGGGCUGCAGCAGGGGUCAGAGGAGGCUUGCGGGGGGCCUUACCCCACUUCUACUUCCCACAGCCUCGGGUGCUCAGGGCAGCCAGCCCACUGCACAGGUGUGGCAUGAGGAUGGGCUGACAAAUAAAGAUUUAUUUGCUA